AUGUCGAAAGUUGGAAGAAUGAAGUUGGGAUCACAAGGUAUGGAAGUGUCCUUACAAGGACUUGGUUGCAUGAGUAUGUCUGCUUUCUAUGGUCCUCCUAAGCCUGAAUCCGACAUGAUUGCUCUCAUCCAUCAUGCCAUUCAAUCUGGUGUUACUUUUCUUGAUACUUCAGAUGUCUAUGGCCCUCACACCAACGAACUCCUUCUUGGAAAGGCUUUGAAGGGAGAGGUGAGAGAGAAAGUUGAAUUGGCUACGAAAUUUGGAGCCAUAUUUAGGGAAGGGAAAUUUGAGAUCUGUGGUGAUCCUGCUUAUGUGAGAGAAGCUUGUGUAGGUAGCUUGAAGAGACUUGAUAUUGACUGUAUUGAUCUCUACUAUCAACAUCGUAUUGAUACUCGUCUUCCUAUUGAAGUCACGAUUGGGGAGCUUAAGAAACUAGUUGAAGAGGGGAAAAUAAAAUACAUUGGUCUCUCUGAGGCCUCACCUGCAACCAUUAGAAGAGCACAUGCUGUUCAUCCAAUAACAGCUGUGCAAUUGGAGUGGUCACUAUGGUCAAGAGAUGUUGAGGAAGAAAUAAUUCCGACUUGCAGGGAACUCGGUAUUGGCAUUGUUGCAUAUAGUCCUCUAGGGCGAGGAUUCUUUUCAUCAGGAACCAAGAUUGCUGAGAACUUUACAAAGGAAGACUACCGCCAGCAUAUGCCUAGAUUUCAACCUGAAAAUAUGCAACAGAAUCAAACUAUAUUUGAGAAGGUUAACGAACUAGCUACAAAGAAGGGAUGCACUCCAUCACAACUUGCAUUAGCAUGGCUUCAUCACCAAGGAAACGACGUGUGCUCGAUACCCGGAACAACCAAAAUUGAGAACUUUAAUGAAAACAUCGGUGCUUUGUCUGUCAAACUAACACAAGAAGAAUUGACAGAAAUUGAAUCCUUAGCUGAUAUUGUGAAAGGUGAUAGAUGCGGAAAGGAACCUACAUGGAAGGAAUCUGAUACUCCACCACUUUCUUCAUGGAAAACUGCGAAUUGA